CACUGUCAAGAGCCUGCUGGACUCUGAUGGCAGCAGAUAAGUAAAAGGCGAUCUCCUUGGACAAGAGAAGAACAGAGCGGCGGAGUGGAACCCGAGUCCCAUUCCAGGACCUUGAACUGGGGACAGCUGAAUAGGAAUCGAUGCUUCAUCGAAAGGGGACAUCCUGUACUCGCGUCAAAGGGGAAACUUGAUUUGUUCUACUUUCUUUGAUUCUGCUUCGCAGAGCCUUUCCUCGAUCGGCCGAGCGCUGUUUUAUUAUAAACGCAUUGCGCACCGUUCGAUUUUUUUUUUUUAAUUUUUUUUAAUUUAUUUGAGCCACUUUUAAGGCGAUUUUAGGUGAUCUUGCUGAGUACGAAUGACAGCCGAGGUCCAGCAGCCCUCCGUGCAGGCUCCGGCACAAAGCAGCCCCAUGUCUGCACCGUCGGACAAAAGCAACGGACAAACUUCGCUGAUGGAGACCGCCUCGUCCACAACUAAAACCAAGAAGACCAAUGCUGGAAUUCGGCGCCCGGAGAAGCCUCCUUACUCCUACAUAGCCUUGAUAGUCAUGGCUAUCCAAAGCUCUCCGACCAAACGGCUGACACUCAGCGAGAUCUACCAGUUCCUCCAGAGCCGCUUCCCUUUUUUCCGAGGUUCGUACCAGGGAUGGAAGAACUCGGUGCGUCACAACCUGUCCCUCAACGAGUGCUUCAUCAAGCUGCCCAAGGGUCUUGGUAGACCCGGGAAGGGUCACUACUGGACCAUCGACCCCGCCAGUGAGUUCAUGUUUGAAGAAGGAUCUUUCCGCAGAAGACCGCGGGGCUUCAGGAGAAAAUGUCAGGCGUUGAAGCCCAUGUACAGCAUGAUGAACGGCCUUGGAUUCAACCAUCUUCCCGAGUCCUACAACUUCCAGGGGACCGGAGGAGCGCUGUCUUGUCCUCCAAACAGUUUAUCUUUGGACAGCGGGAUUGGGAUGAUGAACGGACAUUUGGCAGGCAACAUGGAUGGGAUGGGUUUGGCAGGACAUUCCGUGUCGCAUUUGUCGGCCAACAGUGGACAUUCCUACAUGGGGAGUUGUACCGGAUCCACGGGGGGCGAGUACAGCCACCACGACAAUUCUGCCUCCCCACUGCUCACCGGCGGAGGAGUUAUGGAUCCACACCCAGUCUACUCCAGCUCCACCACGGCUUGGGCUCCGAGCGCCUCGGCGUCCUUAAAUAACGGCGCAUCUUACAUCAAGCAGCAGCCCCUGUCGCCAUGUAACCCCGGAGCGAACCCGCUGCAGCCCAGCUUACCAACACAUUCCCUAGAUCAGUCAUAUCUUCACCAAAACGGCCACAGUACCACCGACCUGCAAGCAGGUAUACCGCGGUAUCACUCCCAGUCCCCCGGCAUGUGUGACCGGAAGGAGUUCGUCUUCUCCUUCAACGCCAUGACGUCCCCGUCCAUGCACUCGCCCAGCGGCGGCUCCUACUACCACCACCAGCAGGUCGCCUAUCAGGACAUCAAACCCUGCGUGAUGUGACCGCAGAGGAGCAGCGACGAGGAGUCACUGUUGCAACCCGCAGACAUGGCAUGCGACCCGUGGCUGGGGUGCGACCGAGGACCCACGAGGGAGGGAGGGAUUGGGGGGGAAGUUGGGGAGGGAGCGCCCCGCAACAGCCCACCGCGGACACGGAGAAGCGCAAGUGGCGGAUCGGUACACGAACUCGAUUAACUGAAAAAAAAAAAAAAAGAGGUCCUUUAACUGCAGAGCAUCUAAAAACAGCUCGCGCUUGUAAGGAAAUGGAGAACAAAACACUAAAAAAAAAAAAAAAGGUGGAAAGGCUUCCCAUUUAAUGCCAAGAAACGGCUGCCUGCCAUUGAAGGUAACGCAGUAAAAUAUAAUAAAGUACAUCUUCUUUGUCCCAGAACCAGUUUAGGUACUAACUCUGCUGGCGGAUGAAUACCACUUAAGUCUACCGUUGAUUGCUUGUAAAAUAUCAUUGUUUAUUUUUUUGUCUUGAAUUCCGUACAGUUCUUCAGAACGCAAAAUCUGAAUGGCAUUUUUGUUUUUUCUUUGAGGUAUUCAGUCAAUAUAGCGAAGCUAUUAGUUUGUAUACUUUUUAUAUGACAAACUGUGUCCGUCGGGGACAAUCCAGAUGUGUUUUUGACUUAUUCGUUAAUAAUUUUACGUGGACACGAUUUUAUCAGUUCCAAAGAAAAAUGGCACUUUUAAAUAAAUAAAAAAAAAAACAAAGCAGCCUCUUAUUUAUUCAGCGUAUCCAUUUAAUUGUAAAAUUAUAGCCUUAGAAUGAAAAUGUACUUUAUUGGCAAUAUUUGCCAUGAAGCUUUGUUCGAUAUGAAAUACAGUCGGAAAAUUAUCUGUGUAACUGCGACUGUUACAUAGGCCGUAUUCCUGUACUUGUGUGUAUAUAUAUGUAAUGACACCUGUAUUUCUUCUGCACUGUAUGCAUUGUACAUGAUGGUCUUAAUGAUGAUUAUGUUCAAAAAUUUAGACUAGUCUGUAUAUAAACACAGUAUUUGUAUAAAACUAAACAUAAUGGCAUGCAGUUGAGUGAAACUGUUAGAAACACCUAUAAACAAAUGUCCUUUUUUUCCAAAUACAUGUUGCCCUUUGCCUCCGUACUUGAGUCCUCAAAUAUUGAAUGAGUAUUUAGAAAACCUGCACCACAACUGACAUUGCACGUGGAUUAUGAAUAACAGUAAUAAGAAAAUAGAAAAAUACUAAGUAGGCUGUGGGAUACUUGAUUUGUGUGUGACAUGAUCGUAUGAUAGUUUUAUUAAAAGAAGCAGUCAAAAUAUACAGUUUGUCAGAUAAUGAAGGCAAAUUGAACCAGAACUAGGAGCUCUGCUUUAUAUCUUUAAAAAAAAAAAAAUCAUUUCAUUAAUGUCAUGGGAUAAAAUACCAGAAACGGUGUAUGUGGUGCAACCGUUUGCUGUGUCCCAAUUAACCCCAACAAAUCAGCUUCGGCUUUGACA